AGAAUGAAACAACUUUGGGGAUUAAACAGAAGCACAUGAUGAUUCAACCCCGUGAUUUGUAAGGGAGAGCCGCCUCAUGGACUCAGUCAUUUCCUUCUUUCUUUCUCUUUCCCUUUCUUCUUCCUUCUCCUGUGAAUCGCCCUGAUGGCCUCCCCGCGGCUGGAGACCUUCUGCUGCCCGAACCGGGACGCUGCCACGGAGCUGGCCGUCUCCCUCCAGCCGCUCCUGUUCGGGGCUCUGACUCUGGCCAGCGCUGGACUCAGCCUCAUAUUCGCUGUUCUCCAGGUGCUGCCAAAGCGUAAAGGAUACAGGAGACUGGGACAGUAUCCUCUGCCCAGGCCCGCCUCCUCCUCCAGAAUAUUGCUCAUCAUCAGUGUCUGUGACAUACUGGGAUGCACAGGGAUCAUUGUCAGAUCUUCUGUGUGGCUGGGCCUGCCGAGCAUCAUCGAAGGCAUCUCAGUGACUAACAACACGGACGUGUUGCCAGAGACCUUCUGUGUUGGCAGCGCAAUGUGGAUCCAGUUGUUUUUCAGUGCCUCAUUUUGGUGGACUUUUUGUUAUGCUGUGGACGUCUUCCUGGUGGUGAAAACUUCUGCGGGGAUCAGCACCAUUGUCCUCUACCACAUGAUUACGUGGGGUCUGGCUGUGCUGCUGUGUGUUGAAGGAGUGGCCAUGCUCUACUAUCCAUCCAUCUCAGACUGUGAACAAGGCCUCCAGCAUGCUAUUCCACACUACAUCACCACCUACGCCCCUAUGCUCCUCGUCCUCGUAGCCAACCCUGUGUUCUUUAGCCGGACUGUCUCCGCAGUGACAUCUUUAUUAAAAGGACGACAAGGAAUUUAUACAGAAAAUGAGAGAAGGCUGGCUAACGACAUCAAAAUUCGCUUCUUUAAAAUAAUGCUUGUUUUCUUUGUUUGCUGGGCUCCAAAUAUCAUCAAUGAGUGCCUCCUCUUCUACCUAGAGAUGCAGCCGGACAUCAGCGACAGCAGCCUUAGAGAUAUCAGAAAUGCAGCACUCACUACAUGGUUUAUCAUGGGCAUUCUGAACCCGAUGACGGCAUUCCUUAACACUCUGGCCUUUCAUGGCUGGACAGGGCUGGACGUGGACCUUAACCCACAGCAGAACAGAGAGCUGGCAUGGGACUCGGGCUCUACCUCCGUGCCUAACACACCUGGACAAAAUCCAGUAUUCGGAUCGACUCUGCUUUACCAGAGUCACGUUCAGGAAGUCCAGAAGAACACAGUGGGAAACGGACAGCAGCACUCUGAUGCCAUCAGCGUCCUCUCUGAAGGUUCAGAGUCUAGUACAGUUGAAAUCCACAUUUCCAGCGAGCUACAUGGGGACGUAGAUGCUGACGGAGAGUCCUUGGAGAACUCUGUGCGACACUAGCUGGCCUCAUCAACACUCCAACUCUCUCCCCUUUUACAUCCUACUGGUUUUUAAUAGUUAGAUCUUGAUUAUCUAAAGUGUUAUGAUGGUGACAAUAAGUCCUAUUCUCUUUUAUAAGACCUCUACCGUCAUCUGAACGUGCUAAAUCUUCUGGAUUAUAGUUCAGUUUUUACUGAACAGCUCCUGUGAUUUUUCCUCUCAUAGCUAAAAAGCUUGCAAAACAAGUUUAGUUUUUAAAAUCUAUUUAUAAACUGACAUUUAUG